AGCCGUAUUUGCAAUAACAGUGGGUUUCCACGAUGCAUGUUGAAGCACUACUUCACUUCAAUCGUAUUACUCCGUACUUCUUAUUAAUACUUACCUUUUUUUAAAUAUAUAUCGAUCAACGGAAGCUCAAAGCAAAUUUGCUGAUUUGCGAGCAAGUAACAACUCACUUUUAUCAACGUCGGCUCUUUUCUUUGUUUCACUCUGAUUUUUGCUUCCCCACAACGUUCUUUGAGGCCCCAACAGCCGUUGUCCUCUUGGCUGGGCAGCGUCACGCAGACUCUGGUCAAAGGAAACUUCUUUUGUUUUUUCUUCUCAUUUUUAGCACUUUAGGACACCUCCCCAGCGACAAACAGCAACCAUGCUGCACGGUCUCGCGGUGUCAUUUCACGACGUCGCCGCGGCCGUGACGGCACACGGGCCGGUGCUAGCGAUGAUCGUCGCCGGCAGCGUCAUCGCCUACCUCACCACCCUGCGCUACAUCCCACAGGUGGCCAGGACGCUGUUCGAACGCAAUAUCUACGGCAUUGACAUCAACAAAACCACCCCCGAGCAGCGUCAAGCCUUUGCCGCAAAGCGACGCCAGGGGCAGACGGAUGAGAAGGCGUUUCAGCGGCAGGCGGUGCCGGAGUCGCUGGGCAUUUUGGCGGGGGCGGUGUAUCUGUCUGUUGUGAUGGUACUGAUGGUGUGCUUCGGCUACUUCCGCGACGAAGCGACGGACAUGCACACCACGCUGCCUGGUCCUCUCAUGACCAUCGCCGUGAUGCUGCUGCUGGGCUUCGUGGACGACGUGCUGGAUGUUCGGUGGCGGCACAAGAUCAUUCUCACCACCCUCGGUUCCCUUCCGCUGAUCAUGACCUACGACGGCAGCUUAUCUGUGCUCAUGCCGCGCCUCUUCUCCACUACUGUGCUGCCCACGUUGAACGCCACCACAGAGUGGCUGCUGAGCUUCACAGGUCUCAGCAACGAAACGGCUGUCUUCGACGCGACGCUGCCCUCCACUUGGGUGCCGUACGCCUUCAAUCAAUCCAUCUUUGAGGUGACGGCGAGCGGGUCUGUCCUGGUGUUCUUGGGCCCCGUCUACCUCAUCUACCUCUCCAUGUUGUGCAUUUUCUGUACAAACAGCAUCAACAUUUUGGCCGGCGUGAACGGCGUCGAGGUGGGACAGAGCAUCGUGAUAGCGGUGGCGUCGGUUGUGUACAACCUCCUCCAGAUGCGCCUGGAGAAGCAGGCGACGGUGUUGCCGGGCACCAGCGCUGAGGAGGUCGUCGCUGUUCGCGAAAUGACGAGCGACCACCAGAUACGGGCCUUGCUUCUUCUAGGCCCUUUUAUUGGGGUGAGUCUUGCGAUCUGGCGCUACAACCGCUUCCCAGCGCGCAUCUUUGUCGGCGACAGCUACACGUACUUUGCGGGCACUGUGCUCGCCGUGGCGGGCAUCACGGGCGUGUACAGCAAGACACUGCUGCUAUUUUUUGUGCCGCAGGUGUUUAACUUUAUUAUUUCGUUGCCGCAGCUCUUCGGCAUUGUGGUCUGUCCGCGCCACCGUGUGCCGACGUGGAAUCCGAAGACGGACCUGCUGUCGAACAGCCACAACUACACCAUUCUGAAUGUGAUCUUGUACUACUGCGGCGACAUGCACGAGUCAAAGCUGACGUGGGUGGUUCUGAAGUGCCAGAUGGCGGCUUGUGUGAUGGGCUUUGUUAUUCGCUACGCGCUGAGCUCCUUCUUAUAUGAUGAGGUGCGCUAA